AUGGCUUCAUCAAGCACCCAAAGAUUCUCUUCUUCCUCGAUUUAUGAUGUUUUCUUAAGUUUUAGGGGAGAAGACACCCGCUGCCACUUCACUGAUCACCUCUACUCCGCACUGAUUGGUAAUGGCGUCCACACCUUUAGAGAUCACGAAGAGCUUGAGAGAGGAGGUGCGAUUGCUCCAGGACUCCUUAAAGCUAUUGAACAAUCAAGGAUUUCUAUUGUGGUUUUCUCAGAAAACUAUGCCCAAUCUAGAUGGUGUUUGGACGAACUGGUCAAAAUCAUCGAGUGUAGGACAGAAAGGGAACAAUUAGUUCUUCCAGUUUUCUACCAUGUCGAUCCUUCCCAUGUGCGGAAGCAAAUGGGGAGUUAUGGAGAGGCAUUUGCAUAUCAUGAAAAGGAUGCUGAUCUGAAGAGAAGGGAGAAGAUACAGAAGUAG